AUGACUACACGCUCCUUCUCCAGUCCCCUCCACCGCGGGGUCAGCAAUGCGACCACGCGCCAAUCACUCUGGCAGCGAUGUCCUCCUCACUUCCUCCCCGACCCUGUCAAAUCCGCACGACGCUCCCUCCCUCUCUCCAUCCGUCGCAUCUCCACCUCCUCUCAGACCGCCCCAAAAGUUAGCUCCUGGUCUAGCUCCCAUACCCCUCGCACGACCCCUGUCCGCUCCUCCCUUCUGUCGAACUUAAGAAUCACACUGCUCACUGCGUCGGUUGCGCUGACGCUCACGUUGGGCUGGUACUAUGUCACGGAUACACGGUCGGGGGUGCAUAGGCUUGCGCCGAGGGUUUUGAAGGCGGUGUGCCCAGACGCGGAGACGAGCCAUGAGGUCGGAAAUGCGGUAUUGAAGGUGUUGUGGAGUUUGGGGGUGUAUCCAAGGGAACGAGGGAGAAAGGGCGGUGGGGAGGGAGGAGAGGGGUUGGGGCUGGGUGUUGUGGUCUGGGACAGCCUCCUCGAUAACCCCAUAGCCAUCUCCGCUGGUCUCGACAAGACAGCUUCCAUACCAGACGCGCUUUUCGCCCUUGGUGCCUCGAUUGUUGAAGUUGGAGGUGUGACGCCACUCCCUCAGCCUGGGAAUGAGAAGCCCAGAGUCUGGAGAGUCACAGGAGAAGAAGGAAUGGUGAAUAGAUAUGGCUUGAACAGUUUAGGGGCGGAUGACAUGGCACGGCAGCUUCGACGGAGAAAGAUCGACCUUGGAAUCACCGACAACCUUACCGGCGGAGAAGAAGAGAGCGAACGUGAUGCCUCAAGCGUGUCCGUAGAAGUCAAAAAUCCCGGCAGCUUACAGGAAGGAAAAUUGCUUGCCAUCAACAUCGCCAAAAAUGCCAAAACAGACAACGAUGAUACGGACGCCGUGAUCGAGGACUACGUGACUUGCGUCAACAAACUCGGACCAUACGCUGAUAUCCUCGUUGUCAACGUGUCCAGUCCGAAUACCCGAGGCCUCAGAGGCCUGCAAACCUCCAAGCCGCUCACCAGAAUCCUCAAUGCCGUGACCACUGCCGCAUCUUCGAUACAGAGCCACAAGCCUAAAGUCAUCGUAAAGAUCUCCCCCGACGAAGACUCGCCUGAGCAGAUCAGGGGCGUGUGCGAAGCUGUUGUUGCUACCAGCGUCGAUGGCGUGGUGGUCAGCAAUACUACUAAGUCUCGACCACCACCUAGUGCGCUGCCAUCGUCUUCCUCGUCAACUAUCCUGCCCCAGCCAGGAACAGAAAUCCUGCGAAGCGCAACUGACGCGAGAGCUUUGGCGCAAGAAGGCGGAUACUCUGGCCCCGCGAUGUUUCCGAAAACCUUAGAAUUGGUAGAGAAGUAUCGGGAGGCUUUGGACGAGGCAACUGUAAAUGGUAGAAGGAAGAAAAGUGGCGGUGGGAAACGAAAGGUCAUCUUCGCAUCUGGAGGCAUUGAUGAUGGAAAGAAAGUCCUACAGGUACUGGAAGCGGGCGCAAGCGUUGCUAUGAUGUAUACGACCCUCACGUACCAGGGGGUCGGGGCUGUAGGGAGGGUGAAGGAAGAGGUGAGGGGGGAGCUGGAGGCGUGGAGGGAGGGGAGGACGGAGGGUUGA